UUCAGCCUCUACCAAACAAGAGUUCAGUUCUCAGUGGACUUCAAUUGUUCGGAUAAAAUGGAUAAAUUUCUGGUUAUUACGCUGGCUCUGAUUGUGGCUAGUGCAUCAGCAUUUCCGGCUGGUCAAUCUGAUGGAAGAGACGGACAAACCAAGAAUGUGAGGGUGGUAAGAUCGCCCCAACCAGAUCCCCACUACCAUCAUCAUCAUCAUGGGGGAUAUGGAGAUUACGACGAUGGUCACCACCACCAUGACCACUACGGUGGUCAUGAUUACCACGACCAUUUCGGUGGUCAUGACUACCAUGACCACUACGGUGGUCACGACCAUCAUGAUCACUACGGCCACGAUCAUCAUGACCACUAUGGAGGCUAUGGCGGAUACCAGAGCUACCCUGGACAGUAUGCAAGUGGCUAUGGGCAUCAAGGCUAUGGAGGAUACAAUGGAUAUCUCCAGAAUACCGGACAUUCUCCAUCUGCUGCCAAUGCCAAUUCUGGUUCCUUCAACACUCCUCUGGGAAGUGCAGCAUUUGCCAGCGCUAACGCUAACUCCGGGUAUGGCAAUGGAGGAUACUACGGCUAAAACCUUCCUCAACCGUCUAAAUUGAUUGACAAAAUGGUGGACGGUGGAAUGCCCAGGACAGUCUGUAUCCAGUGUAAAUUACUGUUAACUUAUUGACUUUAAUAAAUAAAAAAUUAUGAACUGACUA